UGUAGUAGGGUAUUGUACGUGCGGUGUUUGAGCAAGAAAAUGUUGGAUGAGUCUGUUGAAGAGUACGAGCUUGAGGAUAGGGUUUGGAUAAAGCCUAAACACGCAAGGAAGGAGAUUGUUACGAAGCAUAAGACGAAGUUUGUUGCAACGUAUAAUUACGUUACCAAGGAAGCAUCUUGUGAUUGUAAGCACUUUGAAUGUCACGGUAUAAUGUGUAGGCAUAUGAUAUUGGUUUAUGACUUGAAUAACCAGACUGAAAUUCCUGGCAAGUACAUACUUCGUCGUUGGCGGAAAGAUGUUGAAAGGAAGCAUACGAAGGUCAGGGUGAUGUACCACGACCCAUUGAAGACAGAAGUUGUGUGUAGGUACGAUAAGCUAAUGGUGUUGUUUGAGCCUUUACUUUCAAGGGCAGCUACCUACAAAGAGUCGAUGGAUGUUGUUGUUGAAAUAUCUCACUUGUUGGCAAUGCGUUUGGAUGAGAAGAUUGCAAUGCUUGACAGGCAAAGGCAAAAUUAGGAUGUUGUAGUUGGU